UCCGAUCACAAAAUUCAUCAAAAUGGAGACCAACUCCGACAACUACCUCUUCACCGACUUCCCCCUCCUCACGCUCCCCCCCGACCGGCCGGAAUCCAGCCGCCGCGACGCCGCCGCCGCCGCCCAAAAAAACCCUAGAAAGAAGCGCACCAGCAAGCUCCUCCGCGACCCGACCCACAAGCCGAGACCCGCCAAGAAACCCGACCCCUCCGCCCCCGAAAUCACCACCCCAUGCACCGAGUGCGGCCGCCGCUUCCCCUCCAACAAGGCCCUCUUCGGCCACAUGCGCUGCCACCCCGAGCGCCAGUGGCGCGGCAUAAACCCGCCGCCCACCCUCCGCCGCCUCCUCCUCACCGACGAGGAUCACGAGGUCGCCGCCUGCCUCCUCAUGCUCGCCAACGGCCCACCCGCCCCCGCCCCCGCCCCCACCCCCGCCGCCGCAGCCUCCGACACAACCGCGUGCACCGUCAGCCAGCCCACCGCUGAAUAUUCCGGAUCCGAUAGGGAGGGCCCGGGCCCCCCCACCGCGCGAUUCGAGUGCUCCAGUUGCAAGAAGGUCUUCGCCUCGCACCAGGCUCUGGGGGGCCACAGGGCGAGCCACAAGAAUGUCAAGGGCUGCUAUGCGAUUACCAAGAAUGUCGACGGCGGGGAGGAGACGGAGGUUGAGGCGGAGGCGGAGGAGGGCUGCUUCUCCGGCGAGAUGAUGAUGAUGAUGAUGCUGCUCAAGGAUAACUGCGGCGGCGGCCACAAAUGCAGCAUCUGUUUUAGGGUUUUCUCGAGCGGCCAAGCUCUCGGUGGCCACAUGAGGUGCCACUGGGAGAAGGCGGAGGGGCCGUCUAGGGUUUCUGGAUUUGAUCUGAAUUUGGCGGCGGAAGAAGACGACGCCGACGCCGACGCCUCGUCUUUGCCCUACCCCUCCGCCGGCCUGGCGCUGGAUUUGAGGUUAGGGUUUUGAAGGAAGUCGUCGUGUGAAUUGCAUACUUUGUUACUAUAAUUAGGGGUGUUGUAUUAGAAUACUUGAUCAAUCAGUAUAUGUUGUAUGUAGCAAAUAUUAAUUGGAUGUUUUGAUC